UUUCCUUUCAUUUCCUGUCGCUUCGUCCCCCACCUAUCAUCGGUGGGUCGCUUUUAUACGGAGGCCCUGCGUUUGGAGACUUUUCAUCGCGUUUUUUUGUGUGUGUGUGAGUAUGAGGGCUUGAGAGGAGCAGGAGGCGGCGGUGGUGCGGCUGAGGAAGGGAGAGAGCGAUGGCGCGGGAGAGGCGGGAGAUACGGCGGAUAGAGAACGCGGCGGCGCGGCAGGUGACGUUCUCGAAGCGGCGGCGCGGGCUGUUCAAGAAGGCGGAGGAACUCGCCGUGCUCUGCGACGCCGACGUCGCGCUCAUCGUCUUCUCCGCCACCGGCAAGCUCUCCCAGUUCGCAAGCUCCAGUAUGAACGAGAUCAUUGACAAGUACAGUACACAUUCUAAGAACCUGAGGAAAUCACAUCAGCAGCCUUCUCUUGACUUGAAUAUAGAACAAAGCAAGUAUACGGCUUUGAACGAACAACUCGCAGAAGCAAGUCUUGGACUUAGACAGUUGAGAGGUGAGGAGCUUGAGGGAUUGAGUGUAGAGGAACUGCACCAAAUGGAAAGGAAACUCGAAGCAGGACUGCAUAGAGUGCUUAAUACAAAGGACCAGCUAUUCAUGCAACAAAUCAGCGAACUACAACAAAAGGGCACACAGCUGGCAGAUGAGAACAUGCGUCUGAAGAAUCAAAUGCCCCAGGUGCCAACGGCUGGCAGACCGGUGGUUGCUGCUGAUGCAGAAAAUGUCCUCGCUGAAGAUGGACAGUCAUCCGAAUCCAUGUUGACUGCGUUGCAUUCGGGAAGUUCGCAUGACAACGAUGACGGUUCUGAUAUAUCCCUGAAACUAGCGUUGCCUUGAAAGUAAGGACUACACGUUAUGAUAUGCGUGAGUGGACGGAUCAUGGAGCUGGACGUCAGUGCAGCUAAGAAGAGCAAGACUUGUGUCUGCGGUUCAAAGUUCCGACGCUAAAUUUGUACUGGUGUAGUGCAUUGUCUUCGUUCUAAAAAUUUGUGUAUUGUUUUGUCGCCGGUGCUACAUUGUUCGUGUACUAUGUACAUGUUGGCUUUUAUGAAACUUAUGGCCUAGAUCGUACUAAAAGUUUGUUCCAAUCUAA